AUGACGUAAUCCUGUGAAAGAGCACGCGCUCUUCUCAACAAUGUCGACCACCAAAACACAGCAGCCGCGCCGCGCGCCUCCGUCCAGCAGAAGCCGCGCACAACCGAGCAAAUGAAAGCGAAAUCUCAUCGCUGAGCGAUCAGGAAGGUUUAGAGGAGGACAUGGCUGCUCAAGAACCCUCUCCCCCGUCCUCCAUGGAGAACAAUAAGCCAGGGUUCCCAAAGAAGAUUCUGGCCAACAAACUUGAAGACAAACAUUUAUGCAACUGCUGUCAGAACAUUUUGAGGAGACCGUUCCAAGCGCAGUGCGGCCAUCGCUUUUGUUUUUACUGCUUCAACCGGACUGUUGGAUCUGGACCGCAGAAAUGUAAUGCCUGUAUCAAGGAGAACAUCUUCGAAGAGCCCACGUCAAUCCUCAUACAAGGAUGCGCGUUUCCCGACAAUGCUGCCAGAAGAGAAGUUGAAAAUCUUCCAGCCGUGUGCUUCAAUGAAGGCUGCUCCUGGAAAGGCAGUAUUAAAGAUUACGAGUUGAGUCAUGAGGGGAAGUGUGAGUUCAUGAUUCUUCCGUGUCCCUUGUGCAAAGAGCUCAUUAGACUGAACGAACAGGAGCGUCAUAAUGAACGCGAGUGUCCUGAGAGAACGCUCAACUGCAAGUACUGUAAAGAGCCAUUUCACUUCAAAAAGAUCAAGGCCCAUGAUGAGAUCUGUCCCAAAUAUCCUAUGAUUUGUGAAGGAUGUGCGAAGAAGAAAAUCCCCAGGGAAAAGUAUGUUGACCACAUCAAGUUCUGCAGCAAAUUCAGGACUCCUUGCAGAUAUCAUGUGGUUGGCUGCGACAUGUCAGUGGAGAAGGAGAAGAUCCACGAUCACGAGCGUGCCUGUGCUCACGAACAUCUCAACCUGCUGUUGCACUACAUCAUGGGCAUGAAGGUCGGUCUGGAGGGCCUGCAGCCCCAAAGCCUGGAGCUGGCCGGUCACAAAGCACACGAGCUUCACCAGGCGCUCCGAGACCUGGAGACCAGAGUCGGUCAGCUGAGCGCCAUCCCCGGCCCGACCGGACCUCCCGUGCAGGGGGUCCCCUCCUCUUCAUCCUCGUCCUCCUCCGCGUCCGCCGCCGCCGCGCCCCUGCCUCCUCCUCCACCCGCCGCCACGCUGUCCACCUCCUUCACUCCUCUGCCCAGCUCGGUGGGCGCAGCGCUGGAGCUCCAGCUGCACAGCGAGAAGACCAAGGUGGCGGAUCUGGGCCGUCGCUGCCAGGAGCUGGAGGUGAAGGCGGGGACGUUUGAAGACGUGGUCUGCGUGCUAAACCGAGAAGUGGAGCGCUUCGCAACCACCAUGGAGGCCAGCAACCGCCAACACAGACUCGAUCAGGACAAAAUCGAGGCUCUUAGUAACAAGGUUCGUCAGCUGGAGCGACAGGUGGGCGUUAAAGACCUGACUGUGGCUGAAAUGGAGGGCAGAUUGCGGGAGAUGUCUGCUACCACGUUUGAUGGUGUCUUCAUUUGGCGGAUAUCAGAUUUCACUAAAAAGAGACAAGAUGCCAUUGCUGGACGGGCGCCUGCCAUGUUUUCACCCGCAUUUUACACAAGCAAGUACGGCUAUAAGAUGUGCCUGCGGAUUUACCUGAACGGGGACGGGACGGGUCGUGGAACGCAUCUCUCGCUGUUUUUUGUGGUGAUGAGAGGAAUGAGUGAUGCGCUGCUCAAAUGGCCCUUCAACCAGAAGGUGACGCUGAUGCUGCUGGACCAGAGUAACAGAGAGCACAUCAUCGAUGCGUUCCGUCCCGACAUCACUUCCUCCUCAUUCCAGAGGCCUGUAAGCGAGAUGAACAUCGCCAGCGGCUGCCCGCUCUUCUGUCCACUGUCCAAGCUGGAGGGCAAGAACUCAUACAUACGUGACGACACCAUCUUCAUCAAAGCCAUCGUGGACCUCACUGGCCUUUAGGUUUUCUACUUUCGUACGACAUGGUGAGAUGCUGCCUCUGACGUGGGAUCUGCUUCACCACAGCAGGAGAUUUGUUCCAUGACGUCUGUUUUGACACGUUUCCCUGCAUGUGCUAAGCCGUCACAAAUGUUGCACUGAUGCAUAGUUCCAGAAAGAGUCGGUAGAGCUCUACAAUAGGAAAAAAGGGUUGUGAAACACUGGAAUUGAACGUGAAGUCCGGUCCAGUUACAUAGUGUAGGUUAUAAUGCAAAAUUUAAAGGAAUAGUUCAGCCAAAAAUGAAUAUUUGCUGAAAAUUUGACUCACCCUCAGGCCAUCCGAGAUGUAGAUGAGUUUGUUUCUCCAUCAGAACAGAUU